CAAUUAAGUGAAAAAUUAAUUAUAAAUACUUGUACGAAUUAAUAAUGUUUAAAAUAAAAUCAAGAAAGUAUGACAAGAAUAAAUUAUCAUAUUGUCGGCCAGCAUGAGCGCGACGAAUCUCUAACCUUAGGUAACAAAAAUUUCGGUUUAAAAUGUUUAAAGGCGGCCUUAUGCUGUUCCACUAUUCUGGUCAUUGGCUUGUAUAUUUGGAAAUUAGAUUGGUCACCGAUCUUAAAUCAGAGUAAUGCACAAAACAAAAUUUUAUCCAGUCAUAUCCCAGCUUUUUUCAACAUCAAGGAUAAGUAUUUUGUGUAUACCUCUCAAUGUCACAUGUCGAAAGUGGAUCCAUUUUCAGCCGAUGCUCUUCAAGUAUUCCAUAGAACUGAAUAUACUAAGUGUGGCUUAAGUAAAAACCUUAUAACCGUGAAAUUCGAUAGUCGGAAGGGCACUUACAUUCUUCAUAUGAACGAUGAGAGCAUCGGCUGCUGUUACAGUCCUAUCGAACGCGCUGGAAGUGGGAGGAAAGCAGAUUUCAACUAUAACUUACUGCCUUGCAGUAAUUUCCACCAGGAUUUUGUGGUUCCACAGCAUGUAAAGGCCAUCAUUACGAAGUGUCACAAAAUUAACACAACAAGGGUUCUUCAGCAGGAUGCUUUCGCUUUUGUGCAUCAGCCGCGAAACAAUAAACCAGAGAAGUCGAAAAAACCAAGCGUUCUGCUAUGGGGCAUCGACUCAUUAUCCAGAAUAAACUUUCAGCGUACUAUGCCAUUGACAUACAAAUAUCUGAGAGAGCAGCUCUGGUUCGAGCUGCAAGGUUACAGUAAGAUCGGUGUCAAUACGUAUCCCAAUUUAAUGGCAUUACUAACGGGGUACAAUAAUUCAUUGUCCACUAAAUGUUACAAGUCAAAGAUUUUUGAUAGCCUAGAUACUUGUCAUUUGAUCUGGAAAGAUUACAAGCAGGAGGGCUUCGUCACUGCCUAUGCCGAGGACUGGGCAAAAUUCGCCACUUUUAAUCAUCCUCAAAAGGGAUUUCUUAAACCCCCGACUGAUUACUAUCUACGGCCAUUUGUGAUGGCCAUUGAAAAGACAUUGAAAAGCGAAACAAAAUCUGGCAUUCCAUAUUGCUUGGGUCGCCGACACUACGCCGAGUAUAUCUAUGACUAUGCCAUUGACUUCACAAAAAUCUUUAAGUCUCAGCCCUCCUUUGGCUUGUUCUGGACCAACUCCUUCAGCCACAACUCCUUCUCGUUGCCCUCCUCCAUGGAUAAGAGAACUGUCGAGUAUAUGCGCACACUGGAGAAGAACGGCAUCAUGGAAAACUCCAUCAUUCUCUUCUUCAGCGAUCAUGGCAUGCGCUUUGGACCACUUCGAAAGUUGAAGAGUGGAUUUCUGGAAGAGCGCAUGCCAAACAUGUACAUUUGGUUGCCCAAAUGGUUUCGCAAGCAAUAUGCCUCCUUUGCUCGAGCAUUGGAGCUAAAUAGGAACCGCCUGACAUCAAACUAUGAUAUCUAUGCCACGCUCCAGCAUAUAUUAAAAUUGAAUACGUCGGCCGCCGAUUUGCCUCGAGCUGAUGGAUGUCCCGAUUGCCAUAGCAUUUUCUUCGAGAUGCCGGAGAACAGAACUUGUUCCGAUGCGGGAAUUUCCGAGCACUGGUGCACGUGUAAUAUGUAUGAAGAGUCUAAAACUAUAGAUGCGGUUGUGAAGAGGCUGACAUCACAAUUGGUUGAGGCUACCAACGAAUACUUAGUAGCCAGGAACCUUACAGAUGUAUGCAGCAAGCUGACCCUCCACAAAAUUGUUUCAGCCGAGACCAAGGAGCAGCUCGAUGCGAAUAGCAAUUUUAUGGCUUAUCGAGUUCAAUACGAAGCGAACCCGAAGAAAGCGCUCUUCGAGGCGACUACCAGAUGGAACAGACAGACGGAACACAUCGACAUCGAUGUGAAUGACAUAAGUCGCAUCAGCCAAUAUGAAAACGAGCCCAAAUGCGUAAAAGAUAUGGUGGCCAAAAAGUAUUGCAUCUGCGCGAAAUAUAUACCCAUAUUAAAGAAACAUUGAUUUUAACAGUA